CCAAAUUGUACACGAAAUGAAUUUCAGGGAAAAUUUAAAUGAAAGACUGUCGAUUCACUCCAAAGCUUUGAUGUUUAACGCAGAGGUGCCUACCUACCUGCUGUAAAUUUAGUCCCUUUCCAAUAUAACGUUUAUUGCUUUUAAUAUUAUUAGCAGCUGGCUCUAUAAAUUGUUUUUACAGUCAUUAACAUAGAGACAAAUGAAAACACACGUGAAAGUCGGCAGUUCAUGCGAGUUUGUGCCGUCACCAAACGUUUAUUUCUGUCUUAAAAGCAUCGGAAAUCCAAAAUAGACAAGUCCAAUGGCUCUUCGCAGCCACUCAGUGCACGCACGCGGGAACCGAACGCAUCUUAAACCAGACGUAUCCACGCUCAACAAUAAUACGCUAAAAGCGACAAUUACAGUUUAAAAACGGAGUGUUUAGAGACGUCCGCUCGCUAUGGCUGUCAAUCGCCGAAUGACUGCCAUUUUGUUUUUAUUGUGUAUUGUUUGUGUAGUGAAAUGUUGUGAUGUUGAUGAUGUGGCCGUUUAUAAGGUGAAGUUGAAGAUGCUAUGGAGCGAAGAGACUUUCCCUAAGGACUAUCCAACGAACCGACCGAAAGCACAAUGGUCUCCCGUGUUUGGUCAGUCCCACAACACUUCGUACGCACUAUACCGCGUGGGAGACGUAUCCAAAGCAACAGUGAGGGCAUUCGCGCAGUACGGCAAGCUCGAUGACCUAGUACAGGAGGGGGAGAAUGAGCCGAAAGUGUACGACCAGUUCUCAGCCAAAGCACUGGGGAGUGGAGUGGGCGAGACUGAGAAUGUGGUGCUGGUGGACGGCGGACAUACCCUGGUAUCAUUGAUCUGUCAUCUGAUACCAUCCCCAGACUGGUUUGUCGGCGUGGACAGUGUGGACCUGUGCGUAGACUUCUCUUGGGUAGACCAAAUAACCCUAGAUCUGGAACCCUUGGAUGCUGGUGCGGCUAGCGGCCUUACCUUCACCGCCCCACGUUGGGAGACUGACCCCCCCGAGCCAGUCACUAAGCACACGCCACGAAGACCAAACCACCCCGCGUCAGGUUUCUACUACCCGACACUCAGGGAGCUGCCGACCAUCGCUAAAGUGGAGUUUACCAAGGUUAAAGAAUAUUCUUCUAAGGAAAUCAACGAAUUAGCACGCAGAGAUAUGUUAACUAAACUGAAACUUAAAGAUGAAUACAAAGGUUUCCAUGAAGAUGUUAACGUAGAUGAUAGUGAUGAACACGAUGAUGAUGAUAAUUACGAAGAGUCAGAAACAGUAACUAAGAACAAUGUAGAACGACUCAUGGAGCUUGAAGAGGAACCGUUUGGUACACCCAAACAGAACCAGGCUGAUAAUUACGUGAUUGUAGUGACUAAAGCACCAACCACAACUACGACGACAGAAAAGGAAUUCGACAAUGAACUGAAGAGUAUGGAUGAAGUCGUCCUCGCGGUGGCCAAAGGACGCAAGCUUGGCCUGGGGCGACAUCUACCAAGGCACUUCCGCCACAGGCUGCAUCACGCUGUCAAUAGAAUUCAACCUGACGAUUGCCUAGUCUCGGAAUGGAGUGACUGGACCCCUUGUUCUACCACCUGCGGUUUCGGGGACAAGUACCGCUCCAGGAAGGUGAUCAGAGAAAAGAGGGGAGAUGGAAGGGAAUGCCCUGCACUUGUGGAUAGAGAACACUGCGGCGACGCCAACUCCUGUGCGCACAUGGACUACUUCGAGUGGUGAUAGUUAAUGUAAAUGGUAUUAAAGGUAGUUUAUCAUUAAUGAUAAGAAUUUUGAGAAAAAUAAAAAUCAUGUCUUGGACUGUCAGCGACAGGC